CCAUAUUGCUCAACUCCUCCUUCCAAGAGGAAGGAUACUCCCUGUUUGAGGUUACCAUGUGCCAAGCACAAUAUCAGGGACUUUUGCAACUGAUCUCGUUAAAUUCUCAUGAAACUCCUGGGAGGUAAGUAUAAUCAAGGAAUCCAGGUUCAGGGAGGGUUGGAGAUUUUCCGAAGCUCAUGUGCUAAUCAAGGGUAAAGUCAAGAUUUAAAUCCAGGUUUAUCCAGCUCAUGGGCAAGGGGAUUACGUUGAAUCCACUUCUGGUUUCCGAACAUGCUGUGUAGCAUUGGAGGGGUUUUCCCCUGGGUCUCUGCUAAAUAGGAAGCGUCAGACUUAGGGCAACGGGUGGGGUGGCUGCAAGGACAGCUGACUGAAACUGUAGCUUUGCCAUAGGAUCUUGCCUGCGGGGUGCACCCUUGAAACACAUCUCUCUGUAAAGCUAGUGACAGCCUGAGGCUUUAACUGGCAAUGUGGCAUUUUCUCUCCUGUCCCUUUUAGGGCCCAGAACUAUGUCCAUAGAGCUGUCACAAAAAGGACCAAUGAAUGAAGAACAAGAGAGAAAUGUCCCCACUGUCUGUCCCCCUCCUCCUACUGGGUUCAGCCAUUUGAGUGCAGUGUUUGCUCUUUGCUUCUUUUUUUGGUAGGGCUGUUGCCCCAUGCAUUGAGGGCUGGAGGGCUCACAGCCUGGGAGGUGGGAGCAGUGGGAGGUGCUGCUGAGAGGGAAGAGUGACAGGGUGAGAGUUGAGUGUUGCCACCUGGCAAUGAUUCAGCAGUUCAGUGAUCAAAGACCCAGAUUUUUUUCUCCAUGUGCCAGCUUUGUUCUCCAGCUAGGUCCUCGCCUGAUCAUAAAAUGGUUGCCAGCAGCACUAAGUGGCAUGCUGCCUUGUUCAGGACCAACGGGAGAGAUGCUGUUUCACCUUGGGGUUCUCUUUUAGGAGAAAGAAAACUUUUCCUAGAAGUACUCCUGUCAUAUCUCAUUGGCCCAAAUUGAGUCACAUGCCUAAUCCUGAACCAGUCACUGGCAGUUUGGGUGAAAUGAUAUCAUCUGAAGUGGAAUGAAUUUGAGGAAGCAACCACAAUGCACACUAUUAUGUCACAUUUUCCAAGAAAACCUCAGGCAUAAUCAAAGUGAAUGACCCAGUGCUAUGGGGGUAGAUAGCUAGGAAAUUAGGAUGCAGAGUUGCCAGAUGUAGCAAGUAGUACAGAACGCCCAGUUUAAUCUGAAUCCAGGUCAGCCACAUGUACUUUUUUAGUGUGUCACAAGCAAUAUUUCCUGGCCCGUGUGUACCAAAUAUUUAGUAUAUUUAAGCAAAAAAAAUAUUCAUUGUUUAUCUGAAAUUCACAUUUAACUGGAUGUCCUACAUUUUAUUAGGAUGGCAUGAAGGAAAGUGUACAGGGUCUGGCAUAAAACUGACCCAAGUUUGCAUACUGAAUCUGCCACUUACCAGUGAUGAAGCGCUUUAACUGCUCUAGGUCUCAGUGUUCCUGUCUUUCAAAUGGGCAUGAUGAUACCUUAUUGAGUUAAUAUAUGGAUUAAACAAAAUUUAAAGGGACACUGCAUGUUAAAUUCAAUUAAAUGAGAUAAUGCAGGACUUAGCAUAUGUCUGCCAUACAACACUUAAUAACUCUGAGCCAUUUUUAUGUUAACUAUAUGGCAUAUAUUAGGUCUUAAGUAAAUACUAGUUCAUUUCUGCUACCUACCAUUCUUGCCAGUACACUUAACUGUGCUCGUGAGGAACCUUUACAUAGAUCGAUAGGUGGUUGUUCAGACAGAACAAGGGGAUACUGAUUGGUUUAAAGCCAGGAAAGGUGUGCGUCAGGGUUGUAUUCUUUCACUAUACCUAUUCAAUCUGCAUGCUGAGCAAAUAAUCCGAGAAGCUGGACUAUAUGAAGAAGAACAGGGCAUCAGGAUUGGAGGAAGGCUCAUUAACAACCUGUGUUAUGCAGAUGACACAACCUUUCUUACUGAAAGUGAAGAGGGGACUUGAAGCACUUACUAAUGAAGAUCAAAGACCACACCCUUCAGUAUGGAUUGCACCUCAACAUAAAGAAAACAAAAAUCCUCACAACUGGACCAAUGAGCAACAUCAUGAUAAAUGGAGAAAAGAUUGAAGUUGUCAAGGAUUUCAUUUUACUUGAAUCCACAAUCAACAGCCAUGGAAGCAGCAGUCAAGAAAUCAAAAGACACAUUGCGUUGGGUAAAUCUGCUGCAAAGGACCUCUUUAAAGUGUUGAAGAGCAAAGAUGUUACCCUGAAGACUAAGGUGCGCCUGACCCAAGCCAUAGUAUUUUCAAUCGCAUCGUAUGCAUGGGAAAGCUGGACAAUGAAUAAUGAAGACCGAAGAAGGAUCGACACCUUUAAAUUGUGGUGUUGGCGAAGAAUAUUGAAUAUACCAUGGACUGCCAAAAGAACGAACAAAUCUGUCUUGGAAGAAGUGCGGCCAGAAUGUUCCUUAGAGACAAGGAUGGCGAGACUGUGUCUUACAUACUUUGGACAUGUUGUCAGGAGGGAUCAUUCCCUGGAGAAGGACCUCAUGCUUGGCAGAGUACAGGUUCAGCAGAAAAGAGGGAGACCUUCAACAAGGUGGUUGACACAGGGGCUGCAACAAUGAGCUCAAGCAUAACAAUGAUUGUAAGGAUGGCUCAGGACCGGGCAGUGUUUCGUUCUGUUGUGCAUAGGGUCGCUAUGAGUCAGAACCGACUCAAUGGCACCUAACAACAACAACAACAACAACCAUUCUUGCACAAAGCCUUUGCCCAUUGUGAAUAUCUUCUAGUUUCUAUUAAUAAAUACUUGGCUUUGUGGGCAGAUAAGUGGGUGUUCUCACAGUAACAAAAAGUAGGGGUGGCAAUGGGGGGCAGGAGAAGGCAUUCAGAGCCAGAGAUGGGGUUGGUACUGGCUGGAGAAGCUCUGGAGGGUGGCCUAGUGGCAGUGGAGGUCCUUAGGAAGCCUGGGGCCUAAGGAGAAUGUUUGCAGUGGUUUCCAGAAAUGGAUCUGGCAAAUGUUUGUCAAUGGGACAUAAGAUUGUAGGGGUUUGUAGUGGAUUAGGAUCUAGAACCGAUAUCAAAUCUGAGUCCUGCCUUACUUGUGUGAGCACUGUGCAGUGUAAGCUGGUUUAAAAAGGAGAGCAGGGCUGGAAAGACUUUCCUCUCCACCCACCUUGGCUCCUUGUGGCUUGGAGCCAUGUGAGAUCUCUCAGAGCCCUCCCUGACCACGUCCUGCCAUCUCUUUCCAGGGCCCCAACUGCUGUGGGCAGGCCUUGCUGCACAUUGGGAUUAACAUGAUGGCACUGCCUGGAGGCCGCCACCUGGACUCCAUCACCCUGCCGGGUCAGCGGCUGCACCUGAUGCAGGUGGACUCAGUCCGGCGCUGGAUGGAGGACCUGAAGCUCAUGACUGAGUGUGAGUGCAUGUGCGUCCUGCAGGCAAAGCCCAUCAGCCUGGAGGAGGAUGUGCAGGGUGACCUCAUCCUGGCAGGUGGCCCCAGCCCUGCAGACCCCCUGCAGCUGCUGCUCAAGCGGGGCUGGGUCAUCAGCACCGAGCUGCGCAGGAUCGGGCAAAAGCUGGCCCAGGACCGCUGGGCACGCAUGCACAGCAUGAGUGUGCGUCUCACCUGCCACGCCCGCUCCAUGGUCAGCGAGUACAGUGCCAUCAGCAAGAGCACCUCGCAGGAGAUGGGCCAGAUUGAGAAGCUGCUAAUGGAGAAAUGCUCCGAGCUCUCAGCACUCACAGAAAGGUGCCUCCAGGUGGAGAACGAGCAUGUCCUGAAGUCGAUGAAGGCCUGCGUGAGUGAGACCUUGAGCACUCUGGGCCAGCAUUUUGGCCAGCUGCUGGAGCUGGCCCUGACCCGGGAGGUGCAGGCACUGGUAAGGAAAAUUGAUGCUUCGGACAAUAUCUACACCAUGGAGUCCACCACAGGGAACCUUUUCAGCCUGACACAGGAGGGGGCACCCUUGUGCCGCAUAAUAGCCAAGGUGGAUGGUGUUCUGUGCUUGGCUGACAUCCUGACUGACGAUAGCCACCCAGAGGCCACACGGGCUGAGGCUGCGGCUGUGGUUGCCCAGGUCACAUCCCCACACCUGCCCUUCACCCAGCACCUCAGCAGCUUCCUGGAAAGCAUGGAGGAGAUCGUGACAGCCCUCAUCAAACUGUGCCAAGAGGCCUCAUCUGGAGAAGUCUUCCUGCUGGCUUCUGCGGCCCUUGCCAACAUCACCUUUUUUGACACAACGGCCUGUGAGAUGCUCCUGCAACUGAAUGCCAUCCGAGUCCUCCUAGAAGCCUGCAGUGACAAGCAGAGAGUGGACACGCCUUACACCCGUGACCAAAUAGUGACCAUCUUGGCAAACAUGUCUGUCCUGGAGCAGUGUGCCUCUGACAUCAUUCAGGAGAAUGGGGUCCAGCUUAUCAUGGGCAUGCUGUCUGAGAAGCCAAGGUCUGGAAACCCUGCCGAAGUGGCGGCAUGUGAGCGAGUCCAGCAGAAAGCUGCAGUGACCCUGGCUCGUCUCAGCCGAGACCCAGAUGUGGCACGAGAGGCUGUGCGGCUUAGCUGUAUGUCCCGCCUCAUCGAGCUCUGCCGGUCCCCAUCAGAGAGGAACAGCAGUGAUGCCGUGCUUGUGGCCUGCCUGGCUGCUCUGCGCAGACUGGCUGGGGUCUGCCCCGAAGGCCUCCAGGACUCUGACUUUCAGCAGCUGGUACAGCCCCGGCUUGUAGACUCCUUCUUACUCUGCAGCAACAUGGAGGAGAGUUUUGUGUAGCAAGUGUGGGAGGGGAAAGGCACCGGACCCAGUUCUGAUGCCUCCUCAGAGUACACGCCUGUGAAACAGCCCUCACCUUUUUAUUUAUGUUUAAUUUAUUUUUCCUUGGAAUGGACAGAGGGCUCAAUCUUAUAGUAGUGUCAUCAGACAGCCUGUGGUCUUUGGGAGUCUUAUCUGUGUUUAUUUUUUGACUUCUGUGAUUUUUCAGAUGCAGAUGUUGAAAUGCAUAAUGGCUAAUAUGACGGAUUGUCAUGGAUGAUUGCACUUCAUCUGGCUUUCUCUACUCUCAUUAUAUAACCUUGCCUUGUUUUUGUACUUUGGAACCACAGUAUUUUAACUGCCUAGCAGUUAGUUCUUUUUUUUUUUUUUUAAAGUUAGUUUUGCCCUUUCCAAAAGUCUUAUGUUUAAAAUGAAUUUCAUAGUUGAACAGGAUAUACUGGAGAGAA